AGGAAGAGAAAGGCAAUGGCGCGCGCCUCGAGCUCGUCGCUGCUGCUCUUGCUGCUCGCCGUGGCGGCGACGGCGGUGGCCGGAGCCCGGGUGCCUGGGUCUGGGACCGGGAGAGGCCUGCCGCUGGACGGGAACGCGACGUCGGUCGAGCUGCGGGCGCGGCGGCGGAGGGCGUUCGAGAACGGCCUCGGCAAGACGCCGCAGAUGGGGUGGAACAGCUGGAACCACUUCUACUGCGGCGUCAACGAGAAUAUCAUCAGGGAGACGGCUGAUGCACUGGUCAACACUGGUCUGGCGAAAUUGGGCUAUCAGUAUGUUAACAUAGAUGAUUGCUGGGCAGAACUGAACAGGGACUACCAGGGUAACAUGGUUCCGAAUAAGCAAACAUUUCCCUCUGGCAUCAAAGCGCUUGCAGAUUAUGUGCACGCAAAAGGGUUGAAGCUUGGUAUUUACAGUGAUGCUGGGACACAAACGUGCAGUAACAGAAUGCCAGGAUCACUUGAUCACGAAGAGCAAGAUGUGAAAACCUUCACGUCUUGGGGAGUAGAUUAUCUGAAGUACGACAACUGCAAUGAUGCUGGCAGGAGUGUCAUGGACAGAUACACUAAAAUGAGCAAUGCCAUGAAGAAAUACGGAAAGAAUAUCUUCUUCUCGCUCUGUGAAUGGGGGAAGGAAAACCCUGCUACAUGGGCAGGUAGCAUGGGUAAUAGCUGGAGGACAACUGACGACAUCGCCGACAACUGGGGCAGCAUGACAUCCCGCGCGGACCAGAAUGACAAGUGGGCCGCCUACGCUGGACCAGGUGGAUGGAACGAUCCUGACAUGCUUGAGGUUGGGAAUGGUGGGAUGACUGAAGCUGAGUACCGCUCGCACUUCAGCAUCUGGGCACUUGCCAAGGCUCCACUUCUGAUCGGGUGCGAUGUGCGCUCGAUGAACCAGGCGACAAAAAACAUAAUCAGUAACUCUGAGGUCAUCGCUGUCAACCAAGAUAGCCUAGGCGUCCAGGGAAAGAAGGUGCAGUCUGAUAAUGGUUUGGAGGUAUGGGCUGGUCCGCUCAGCGGCAACAGGAAGGCUGUGGUUCUAUGGAACAGGCAGGGGUACCAGGCAACCAUCACUGCAUACUGGUCAAGCGUUGGGCUUCCUGCAUCCGCCACCGUCACUGUUCAUGAUCUAUGGGCGCACUCGUCAUCCUCCGCUCAGGGGCAAAUAUCCGCCUCAGUGGCGCCUCAUGACUGCAAGAUGUACAUCCUCACACCCAAGUAAUUUUAGAUGAAAGCAUAGACGAAGUUCGUAUUGGGGGUUACAGUCGAUCAUCUACAGGCCAAGAUUCAGGAAAAGGGUUUGCACUGAAGGAUCGGUAGAGCUGAAAUGAAAUUUGAGAGAUGCAAUUUGGUUAUUUGUGUACCGCUGGAAAUAAACUGUAGGUGUAUAUGAUGUGCUGCGAAACGUCAGCGCAUUUGUUUCUGAACAAGUUUGCAAGUUGUAGCGAAAGUUGCAGCAACAAAAAAGAAUCUCAUACCGC